AGGUUGGGGAUCACUGUCCUAGAGGCUGAGCUGUUUAAUUCAUUCUGCAUGUAACAGAGGGGCGAGCAGGAUAGGGCAAAGUUGUUGGGAAGUAUGCAAAGAGUGAAUUUAACUUUACUUCAACUCCAAGAGACUAAAAACCAUCUGCUGUUGAAUUCUUUGUGCGUGUAAGGAAGAGGAGAACGAGAGAGAGAGAGAGGGCAAAGUUGUUAUGAUGAAUGCAUAGAGAAUUUACCUUAACCACAACUAACACUGAAGCUGUCCGCUGUUUAAUUCUUUCUGCAUGUAAGGGAGGAGAGGGACAAGAAAGCCGUUUGAAGCAGAGUCCAAGCAUAAAAAGGUGUAGUUACAAGACGGAUUGCUGCAAUAAAUGUAACUCACGCACAGCAAUCAGCCAUGAAACGCAAGGGGUGAAAUCUGCAGACACAGGAAGCUCUGGAAGGGAACGGGAAAAGAACAGGUCACGUGUGAGGGUCACAUGUUUAGUGACGCUGCCUGCAAGUAAGAGAAAAAGUAACCUUCGGAGCCUCCCACUUCAUGACGUCGGCUGUACAUAGACAGCUGCAGAAGCUACAGUCGGGUUCAGGAUCUGCACAAUGAUUUACUAAGAGACACAGACCUUUCAGGGGAAAAUGGACAACGUGACCCAUACGUGGCUUUAAAAGUACAUUCAUAUUUUGAUUAGUAGUUUUUUUUGGUGUCAGUAUCGCUUUAAACUCAAAGUAAUCCCUCCCUGUUUAGAAAGCCGGCAAGAAGAGUGCGUACGGGAAGCUGGGUUGUUGUAGUUUUUGUUCCAGCCCAGUGUAAAGCGCUGCUCAGGAGUAUAAGCAUUGCACCUGUCAUACAACCCGUAAUAUCGGGCCAAAGGAAAUCUCUUCUUUGCUGACUGGAAAAUCAAAGAUGCCUCCUCGCAUGCUGCGUUUAAACUUUUCCCUUGCCAACGUGAAAAGAAUUGAUCGUAUCUGACCAGCAACCUGUUCUCUACCAUGUGCUGAAGUGGGAGGUGUGUGUUGCAGGGGCAGGAGAUCCAUAUUUCCCCGUAACAUUUUGUGUUGGGAACAUGGAGCCGAUGGCACUUCCGUGUUCAGCCUAUUUUGGGCCUGUGUGACAGCGCUGCGACUGGACCAUUGCCUACAAAGCCAACCGUAAAUGCUGCACUUGUCUGGGGACGCACAGCCUCCAUGCCAUGAAUGGGGUUUCCUUUUCCUUUCAGCUCCAUUAGGACUUUCCAAUCAUUUCUAGUGGCUGUUAGAAGUAGAUCAUUUUCUUUCUGCUUCUCGUUUUGCUUGCCAUGGGCUGACUUUUGAAAAGUAUUGCCUUCUGAACUACUGAUUUUCCAUAAAACCUAGUUUGAAGAUUCUACUUUCCUGGAGCUCAUCUUGGAUGUAAACAAUAUUUUAUAGGGACACUAUACUAAAAACGUUUGGCUUAUUUAGUUGGUUAUCUUGCUCUGGUUUAAUUAUCAGUUCGUUUUUUGAUUCAUUAUUUAGCUUGGCCACAUUGGAAUGCAAUUUACACAGAUGAACUUGUGACUUUUUCAGGAGUGCCAGAAUAAAAAAAAGGAACAAACAAAACUGCGUGUCACGGUACCACAUGAAGCAAAGUUAAGGAAUAUAUUUCUAAUAUAACUGAGGCGACGUUUAGCUUUCGCAUUAGAGUUCCACGCACGUGUAUAGUGUUCAGAACCUUCGCUCCGAUCGCUGCUUGGAGUGUAUGCAAGAAAGAGGAUAAAGUGGAUUCAGUAUCUGGCAGCCAUAGUAAAUGGCAGAAGGGAGAAGCAGCUAGGGACAGAGGGCGAGGGAAGAGACGGGAGACUUUCCCCGAUGCCGGGCAGCUCAGAGCUUAACCAGCCUGCGGCCCUCUCCUCUACUUCCUCCGCGGCUUCCUCGGUGUCAGGCCAGCACCCAGGGCCCGCAGACGAUUCGAGGAAGAGGAGAAGCCACCACCAGAGGAAGAAGCGCCGGGCCCGACAGCAGGCCAUGCUAGAUUGCUCGGUGGAGCCGGUCGGGCCCACGGAUGGGGACGAUAGUCAGGCUGCCACAAGGGGAAGGAGGCACCACAGAAUGCACCGGGAGAGAAAGAAACGGAGGAAAGACCGCGGAGGGUCGGGGAGAAGGAGUGGGCUGAGGAAAGACCGAGCCCGGGCUCCCACAGUUGAAUACGACGAUGUAAGCUCGCUGUCUGACGGUGACCUUUCGGAAGGCGAGCAAGUUCCAACUCCACCAUUUGCGCCUUCGGUUUUGGGUUUAGGCCUUAAUGCAUCACCGGCCUCCGAUAGAUGUCCAUCGCCUGUGGGGUUACCUCCUCCUCCUCCUCAGGUUAGUCUUCUACGCCAGCGGGGGGACUCAGGGAGAAGCGGCAGAAGGAAAACUUCUCGCAGGCCUGAGUCUAAGCACCGCCGCAGAGAAGACAUGCAGGAUCGGCGUAGAGGGGGCGAAAUAGGGGACCUGCUUCUCCCAACACCACUAAUGCUGGCUUCCACAUGGAGGCCGCAGUGUGAGCUAGGGAAAAAGCCAGAGUUCAGGCCUGUGCCCUUGUUUAGGCCAAAAAGAGAGGAGGCGUUGGCCUACAACAAGCAGCCACCAAAGGCAUACAGGGAUAAGGGUUUUAGGUCUUCAGUGCUACAGGGGAACCACCGCAAGAAAUCUCUCAGCCCAGUUCGCUCCCCUAGUCCAGGAUACAGCGGCCACCGCCAGAACCGGCGCUCCCCCAGCUUUGGAGUCCGAGAUAAAAAUGAGACUUCUCCACCAGCUCGUAGAAGAUCCCGCAGCCCAUACAGUCCAGGAGGCAGGCGAACAGCUAGGUCGCGGAGCAGAAGUCCUUAUAAGCCACGUCAUUCUAGAUCCCGAAGCAGGCACAGGGGGUCCAAAUCCAGAAGCAGACAGUCGAGUAUCUCUCCCAGCAAAUUGACUCUAAAAAGCAGCCUUGCAGCAGAACUGAACAAAAAUAAAAAAGCUAGAGAAGCAGAAGCUGCCAGAGCCCAAGCAAAAGCUGGAAAAAUAUCUACCCCUGUUAAGGGACAAUUAGAAGCUGUCAGCAACUCACAGCAAUCAAACACUGCUAAAGAACAAAAGAAAGUAAAAACAGACAGGGUUCAAUCUCCAUCUCAGAAAAGUGAAAAAGCCAAAGUUAAAGUACAAAGUCAAGAAUCCUGCAGAGAAAAUAACCUUCCAGCUGAAAAAACUGCCAAGUCUAGUAGUAAAGUAAGCAAAAUAGAUUUGGUUAAACAGGAGACAUGCACUUCAAAAGAAAAGGCCAAAACACACAAUUCAGAUGCAGCUACCACGGAGAAGAUUAAAUGUUUGGCACUCCUGACUUCUGCACUUCCAUCACUACCUCUGCCUCCUGUCCUCUCCAGCCAUGGUGAGAGUUUUAGAGGCUGUGUCCCAGGAAAAUCGGUAAAGAAAGAAAUGGAACGGAAACUACGAACCUUGCUGUCUGACUUGCCUCUUCCACCUCUACCAGCACCUCAGUCUGAAAGUGAGGAUGUGUCAGACAGUCCAGAAAGGAAAAAAAACCAGUCCAGGAACAAAAGAAGACCAAAGAUAUGUGGUCCACGCUGUGGAGAAAUUCUUGAAAAGGAAAUUGACUGGGGAAAGCGUUGUGUGGAUAAAUUUGAUAUCAUUGGUAUUAUAGGGGAAGGCACAUAUGGACAAGUCUACAAAGCAAAAGAUAAAGAUACUGGAGAGAUGGUGGCUUUAAAGAAAGUACGUUUGGAUAAUGAGAAAGAAGGAUUUCCCAUCACAGCUAUUCGAGAAAUUAAAAUUCUGCGCCAACUUAACCACCAGAGUAUUAUUAAUAUGAAGGAAAUUGUCACUGAUAAAGAAGAUGCUUUGGACUUCAAAAAAGAUAAAGGAGCAUUUUACCUGGUGUUUGAAUACAUGGACCACGAUUUAAUGGGUCUCCUGGAAUCUGGACUAGUGCACUUCAAUGAACAUCAUAUUAAAUCCUUCAUGAGACAGCUUAUGGAAGGUUUGGACUACUGUCAUAAGAGGAAUUUUUUACACAGGGAUAUCAAAUGCUCAAAUAUUCUUCUUAACAACAGGGGGCAGAUCAAGCUUGCAGAUUUUGGUCUUGCACGGCUCUACAGUUCAGAAGAAAGCCGACCAUACACCAACAAAGUAAUAACGCUAUGGUAUCGACCACCGGAACUGCUGCUUGGAGAGGAGAGGUACUCACCAGCUAUUGAUGUUUGGAGCUGUGGCUGUAUCCUGGGUGAGCUGUUUACAAAAAAACCAAUCUUCCAAGCAAAUCAGGAGCUUGCACAGCUUGAACUUAUAAGCCGAAUGUGUGGAAGUCCUUGUCCUGCUGUAUGGCCAGAUGUUAUAAAGUUACCGUAUUUCAACACCAUGAAACCAAAGAAACAGUAUCGUAGAAAACUUAGAGAGGAGUUUGUUUUCAUCCCCAAUGCAGCUUUAGAUCUUUUUGACCAUAUGCUGGCUCUAGAUCCAAACAAGCGUUGUACAGCAGAGCAAGCCCUACUUUGUGAAUUCCUUCGGGAUGUAGAUCCCUCAAAAAUGACACCGCCAGACCUACCCCUUUGGCAGGAUUGUCAUGAGUUGUGGAGUAAAAAACGCAGAAGGCAAAAACAACUUGGGAUGGGUGAUGAUCUCACAGUUCCCAAAGUACCGAGGAAAGAUUCAUCUUUGGGCAUGGAUGACAGCAGAAAUAGCACCCCACAAGGCAUGCAGAUAUCUUCACAGCUAAAGACUCAGGGAUUCCCCAGUGUUGGAGUAGGUAAUCCAAGUUCUGGCCAGCAACUGAACCAUAAUGAAGUGGCUAUCUUGCUAAAUUUGCUCAAGUCACAGACAAGUGUGAACAUGGCACACUUUGCACAGGUUCUGAACAUUAAAGUAAAUCCUGAAACACAGCAGCAGCUUAACAACAUAAACUUACCUGCUGGUAUAUUAGCAGUGGGAGACAAGCAAGCAGAACAAAGAGCGGAAAUUCCUUUAGCAACCCAGCCAGAGUUGCCUCCUAUCCCACAUUUGCCUUUGACCAAAACAAAUACAGAUGUUACUCCAGCAACUGUGCAGAGCACUUUCACUUUUCUACUGUCUCUCCUAUUAAAGGAUCAGGAGUUAAAGAAAAAAAGUGAUGUCACAGCAGGGGAAGUAAAGGAGCACAUGAGUGAAUUACUUUGCAAACCCAAGAGACCUCCAAGUCCAUCACCAAUCGAUAACUGUAACCUUGGUGAUCAUGAGGUUAAGCAGUUACAAAGUACAUCAUUACAGCCAGAAUAUCCUCAGAUCCUGCCACCAGAUCAGCGCCCCCCAGAACCACCUGAGCCCCCUCCAGUCUGUGAGGAAGACCUUGACUACCGGCCAGAGAGAAAGCACAUCCAUAAUACCACAAUGUUGGCUGGUGACGCUCAUGCAGAAGUAAAAGCUGCUCUGCUGCAGCUUCUUGCCCAGCACCAAGCUCAGGUAGAAGAUAAAGAUGGUUCCGAGUUCCCUACCAGUACAUGCUACUCCAAGCCAUCAGACUGCACUGAAAAGUUUGUGCCCUCUUUUCAAGCAACUACAUAUAACAGUGAUAGGGCUGCUAGUUUGUGCACAACUAUUUUGGAAAGACAAACUCAAAACCAGCCUAUCAGUAACUACAGUAGUACAUCAUCUCAGAUUAGUAACAGGCUCACGGCACCACCUGCUUUCACCGAGCCUUUUUGUAUUCCCAUCACCACAUACGGGGACAGCUUCCUUAAUACUCAUUCCAUGCUGUUUAGUGGUGAUAAGGACCAUAGAUUUGAAUACAGCCAUGCCCCAACAAGUCUACUGAGAAAUAGCAAUCCUGCUUCUGGACUGGAGAAUAGUCCAUCUUUGGCAACAAACAUGCAUAAUUUUAGCUACAGCGGUAAUGUACCAGAGCAUCCUGGCCUACCUGUUCACAUGCAUGGACAUGCUUGGACAUCCCCACUCCAAGGACCCCCGUUUUCUCAAGGACAUAGGGGACAUAUUGGCACAUAUGCUAGAGGUCGAGGUAGGGGACUACCAUACUAAGACAAACCCAGUUUCAUUUUUUUUUUUUUUUUUGUUGAUCAGACAAAAUAUUUCUAUCUGAAAUUGCUUUUUACUUUACUUGUAGCUGCGUUUUUCAGCAGCCAAAGGACUUGAAUUUGACAGCAGCUUUAUUUUUAUGUGACAAAUUGUCUUGCAGUGUAACAAUAAACAACGUUUUGGUAAAUAUAAUUCAUUGUGUGCUUGAAAAUAAGGUGAACUAAUCUACACAUUGACAAAUAUCAAGAGAUCUUUAUUUUGUACUUUAUCAAGUUUAAGUUGAAUGUUAAUUUUAGGGGCAUCCUCUGUAUUCCCUGACUCUUGCAAGUGUUUUAGAGAAGUUGCACAUUUGUGCUAUUUUUUGUACAUUUGGACCAAUGUUUGGACAAAAAAAUGCAGGGCUUAAAUUUCUUUGGUGUCUUUCUUUGUACAAAAACUACCUUUUAGUCAAAGGUCAACGUCAUUCUGGCCUGCUUUCAGUGUCAUUGUGCAAGAUGUACCUUGAGCUAAUUUUGGACAAAACAUACCUUUUCUCUUCUGAUGGAAACGUUUUAUCAACUGUUUUUUUUUUUUUUCUUUUAUGCAUAAGAAAAUAAAUGUUGAUCAAAGCGC